AGCAGGGGGUUGGAGCUGGGUGAGCACUGUGCUCCUUUGCAACCCAGGCCGUUCUAUUACUCUAUGAUAAAGGUGAGAAUGUGCAUGAUUAUGGCAAGGCUGUGCCUUCAGGGGCAGUGCUUUGAGCCUCACUCUUCUCCUGUGCUGCAGUCAUCCAUGAUACUUAAAUUCUUUCUGAUCUACCAUUGAAAUCAGUAAUGAAGAGAAUUCUUAGGGCCAGCCCUAAACCAGUCCUAGAGACUGUGUGGGAGGCUGUCCUGGCACGGCACUUGGUCAUUAUCUCUUGAAAAACACUUUUUCAGCGGAUGGUGCAUCAUCCUUCUGAGUAAUGGUUAUACCCAGACUAGCUUGGUAUGGGGUUUUGUGUGAUUCUGAACGGAAAAGGCAAAGCCUUUUUGUUACUUGUAUGCUGGGAUCAAGAUUAUCCUAUACCCAGCUAUCACAGAAGCUGGAAGCCAAGCUGGGAAAAGCCACUCGAGGAAACCUCGUGUGACAUGCCUGCCUCCCAGCCUGCUCUUCUUUAUCCACAGAGGUGUGAAGCCAGUAUUUAAGUUCUUUGCACCAUGCUGGAUUCCUGACCUCUCGUUUUCCUGUUUUGUUUCUUUAUACAUUUCUGUGCAGAGUGAGAUGUUGUCAGCAAUAGCAUAGUACGUGUAUGAAGGCUGCUCUGAAGUACACACAUCCCCCCUAAUGCUGCCAGUCCCUUAAUUUUCUCAAUAAAGAAAAAGAGUGGAUAUCUCCACGUCUACAGCAGGUGGAAAAAUACCACUCAACCUUGGGAGAUGUCCUCCUAUCAUUACUUGUUUACCCCUUGCCCCCUAAUUAUCUCACCAGAGAUGGAGGUGAGAUUGAAUUAACACGAGUUGUUCAUAUACAGUGGUCGGGACAGGAAAGAGAGGGAAGUCUUCCCUAAAUAUUCCUUUCUGUGUCCUCAUAAAGCUGUUUAUGAUAUAUAUGAAGCGUUCCACUGACUUAUCUUUGCAUAAUUACUUAAUAAACCACUUUGAGUGAGUUAAUUAUUCCCAUCAGAAACCUGUUUCCAAACCUCUCUGCAUUCACGGCCAGAAAACUUGCUCUGUGUUUCAAAAGCAUCAAGAUCUCAUUCCACAAAGCAGAACACCGACUGCUGGAAGUGGGAACAAAAAGCUGUGAAAAAUCUCAAGAUUCUGAUUGUCUCUGCUAGGAGCAAAGGGAAAAAGGAGGUGGCAGACAUUCCUGUGAGCAUCUGUGCAAGCAGCAGAGCCCAUGGAAUCACAGAAUUGUAGAAGCAGAUGAGUUGGAAGGGACAUCUAAAGGUCACCUAGACAGGAGCUUUGGCCGCAGGACAAGGAACCGAAGGCUUUCUGCACUGAGCUGACUGUUUUAGCAUCUUUAUAUUCCAUCUGCAUGGAAUAUUCUCCAAGUGCUGCUCAGGAGUGCAGAUGAGCAGUGCCUGGCUGCAGUGCCAACUUUGGAGGGCUAAAAUCGGGAAGAUUAGAAAAUAGAAAGUGUGUUGUCCUGUCACAUGGUGCAAGAACCCAUUGUAUUUUUGUGAUUGAGCACAACAGGAUGGAAGCCCUGUCUGCAAGCAUGGAGGAGCAGAUGCUGAUGUUGACUUGUGGUUUUGGUGUGAAUAACAUCCUCAAAGCAAAGCCCACAUCCCUGUGCCAGCCUUUUCCUGCAGCCCUUCACUCAGAGGCCAUCCCUGUUCCUCUGCAGCUCCCUCAGGAGAAGAACCAGGCAGGAAUUCUGUUGCCAAACCAAACAAGAGGCAUUUGCUUGAGUCUCACACAUUGCCAUCGUUCUGCUUGGCAGCACGUAGGGCAGCAUCGAGCCAGCACCUCCAGCUGGGAUUAAUGGUGGCACCCAAAAUUAGGAUGUGAUGAAGCAGAGGUGUGGAACACACUGUGGGUAUUUCUGGGGACAAGGAGGAUGUAGGAUUGAAGGUCCAGGGGAGCAGAGAUGCGCUCAGCAUGCCCCACUGAUAAUGGGGCAUUCUUUCUGCAUUUCUAAAAACAAGAGUUAGGAAUAUGGGCUCUCUGUGGGUUUUUUAUGUCUCUAUGAGAGAAACCAGUUAUGCAUAGUGAUGCUGGACCUGGAAUUGCCCCCACCUGGAUGCGUUAUCUAAACCAGCAGAACUUCAUAAGCGUCUCAUCAUUUAGGAUCUCUUCUGGCUUGCUGAACUGAAGCAAGUGAUGGAACUAUUGCUACGGCUCGCUCGUCUCCCCUGGGUUAACCCACACGCUUUUAUGACUCUGGAGGGAGGAAACACCUUUUUAGCAGGGAGGAUAAGAUCUGAAGCCAACCUAAAGCACCCAGCAGGAGGUGGUGGUUGCUGCAGGCACACUGCAGAUGGAAAUUCAACCUGAUGACGUGCACAGGGAGCUCAAGGAUGUGAUCAGCACGACUGGUGGCCGCCUUCUCGUGUGGGCACAGAGCCGUCAUCGCACAUGGUGGCACCAGCGUGGCACUUUCCUUUAUGGCGUGAGCUCUUGCAAGAGGGAAUGGAAGCUGUUUCAAAGACAAAGCAGACUGUUAGUCUGUACUCCACCGCAAGAGAUUUUAUAUUCAGAGCACCCAUCAAGUUAAGCAAACCGGGGGAACUUCGAGAAGAAUAUGAAAGCCAGCUAAGGAAGCUGAGAGAAGAAAAGGUACAAGAAGAAAAAGCUUCUGAGGACCUGAUUCACAAGCUCAUGCUAGAUGACGUGGAAGUAGGAAAACGAAAAAUGGAAGAACAGCAGAAAAAAGAUGAGUCUCUCGUGCUCAAAGUGAACCAAGAGUGUUUUCCUGAACGUCUCUCGGAUUCAGAAAAUGAAGAACCGUUCCAAGGCAAACAAACACAUCGGUCAGCAUUUGUUUCCAAGACCAGUGCCUACUCCUUCGCUUUCCUUUCAGGGAACCUAACCUGCAAGGUGGAAAGGAGUCGGAGCUGCAAUGACACUAUCCAGGAGAGAUCAAAGAGCAGGCAGAGAUCAGCCCCAGUCAACAAAACAAAGGUCCCACCCAUCACCAGCGCAUCAACACCUCUGCUGGGAGUUCUCUCCUCCACCCAGAACAACCGCUGCCUCUCUGCUCCGGACCUGACGGCGGAGAAGCGCCCACUCCUCAACCCCGCGUCGUCUCUCUCAGCCCUGCACAGACCAGAGCGAUCCAUCAGCCCCGAGAGCAAUGACAGCAUCUCAGAAGAGCUCAACCACUUCAAGCCCAUCGUCUGCUCGCCGUGCACACCUCCCAAGAGGCUUCCUGAUGGCCGUGUCCUCAGCCCUCUCAUCAUAAAAUCCACUCCGAGGAACCUCAGCCGGAGCCUGCAGAAACCGACCACCUACGAGGCCAGCCCCAGAAUACUGAAAAAAUGGGAGCAGAUCUUUCAGGAGCGCCAGAUUAAAAAGACUCUCUCUAAAGCAACCCUUACGUCGUUGGCUUCGGAACCCGGGGAGGACGUUACACUUCCUGACAUCACCCAUAAGGAACAUUCCCAGAUUCAGGAUGAUCAGCUGCUGCCAGAUGCGACAGGAGACCCUCACCCUGAGCUGGAUUUCCUUCCUUCUAUCAGCGAGAUGAAGAGAGGGAGCGAGAGGAACAGGGAUUCCCAGGCCUUAACAGCAGAUAACAGUGCUGAAACAGAGGUGCGAUUGAACGCAGCCCCAUUGCAUGCACGCGUGUCCGAAGCCCCUGACGUCAAAGCCAACGUGUUCACGGACAAAUCCUGUCUUAAUCUCGGCCCCAAAGUGCUGAGCAGAAGGGUGAUGGGGGUGCCAGACAGCAGCACUCUGGGGGUCCUGUCGGGGAAGAAGCAGCUGAAAUGCCUGAACAACAGCGAGCUGAUCAACGUGCAGAACAACACCUGCAACUCCGUCGAGAACAUCAUCAGUGAACAGCCGCCAGCCUUACGACGGGGACGGAAGAGACGCUGCAAAACAAAGCACUUGGAGCACAACGGCUCCGUCAAAAGACUGAGGCACACAGCAGGGGAGCCGGGCUUGGAGGAGCGCCUGGUGCGGGAGGUGGAGCAGAAGCUGCAGCAGGAGGAGGAGGACAGGAGGUUGGCCCUGCACCUGCAGCGCAUCUUCGACAGCGAGAACAGGACAGUGGAUAGGCGGAAAGUCAGGGUGGAUCGGUACCUGCUGCGGUCGAAGAGCACUCUGGGUGCCAAGUAGCACUGGUGGACGAUAUUGCCUUUCUAGAGGACGAUGAGGUUUAUCAAAUUAUCUUAUAGGAAAGCUAUUUUUUGUCAUACUUCAACCCACGCUGUCGUUUUUCAUUUUGGUGAUAAGACAUUCGAGGUCCAGUUCAGAGAGAAGCCAGAGUCCUUCCAGAUUUAAAAAAAAGAGGAAAAGUUCCUCCAGCCUGGCUGGUCCAUUGGUCUGAGAGAGGUCUGGCAUCCUGUGAAUGCACUGCAGUGCAGCUGGUGGUUGUUCUGGCUGGAAGGGUUGGUUGCACAGGCAGCCUGGGUCCUGGGCACCCUGCUCCCUGCUGAGUGGGACUCAGAGGUCCCUUCCAGCCUCAACUGUUCCAUGGUGGACCUCAUCCAUUCAUUGCCAUGUCCAUGUUCCACAAGAAAUCGGAGCUCUGCUUGCAGAGGAAACCAGGCUGGUCCCAUCCUGGGAUUUGCAGGAGGGAUCAGGGGAUCCACCUGCAGUGCUGACCAAUGAAUGUAUCUCGCUGGCUGCACCAGCAGUGCAGAUCAGAGGUUGUCUUCUACAAGUAGAAGGCCAAAUGCAGUGGGAAAAAAAAGUUGUAAAAUCAGGUUUUUAUAGAAAAGCAUUAUAGGAACUUGUACGUUCAUGUUAAUGAUGGGGCAGAGAGCAUCUGGGAGCCGUCCUCCAGGCACUGCGACCCAAGGAACAAUGCAGCUUUUCUCCCAGGGUCUCACCUCCCUUCUAAAUGUUGAAGCCCAGAAAAGGAAAUGCUGCCCUGAUGUUGGGAAGAAGGGGGGAAGGCACUGUGGGCUCUGGGCAGGUGCAGUGCAGGGAGCGUGGCUGGCCUCUCCCAGCACUCAGUGAGUGCAGAAUGGAUGGAAUGGGAGCCCAGUACUCCUGCCAUGGAGUGCAGGGGGUACAAGCCACCUUCCCCACUGCUUAACCACUAACAGCUCAGGUGAGCAAUGUGCUGCACGAACCUUCUUUAAGGUAUAAGGGCACGGGGCUGCCGGGGGCUGGGGGAGCUGUUGGGCUUGGUGGGGUAGAGUUGUGCCUUUGGUGACAGCCACACUUGGGGCUUUCCUACCUUUCCCCUCUCUUCCCUAUCAUCCAAAGUGAUCCUUGGGUUCUUGUGAGGAACUGGGCUCAGGAAGAAUCAGCUUCAUCUACGGGUGCUGCUUUGCAGUGCGUUUGGGGGAACACCGGUGCCAGGGGACGAGUUUUGCAGGAUGGACCUGAAGCAUGGGACAGCUCGCUGUGACCAAUCCCAGACAAUUGUCGUUGCCCAAAUUCCUCCUAUCUAAAAAACAGCUGAAUGUCUUCCUCUUUAAAAACAAAAAGAAAAAAAGGAACUGAUUUUAUUUUUCUCUUCCAUGUCCUUGUGUGACUGCAAGGACCCUGGCGCUUUUUCCUAAUGGAACUGGAUUUCUUUUUUUUAAAGAAAACUUAUAUUUUAAUGGAUAAAAUUUAUAUAUUUUAAAUACUAUAUUUCAACAGAUUGACACUUUUUGUUUUGAGAAAGCUUAUAGCAGUGAUUCCGUAAUAUAUAGAUCUGUAUCCGUAUCUCCUUCACACACCAACUGGAUGCUCCCUGAUCUCUGGGACCAUCCCUGCUCCCUCACAGCUCUUUGGACUCAAGUCAUGUAUUGAAUCGGGAGAAAACUGAGCAAUUGGAGCCCCAAUUUGACCUAGAAGAGUGAUGUGGAGAUCAGCAGCAACAGCCUGAAUUUGCCCUCUGCACUGGUUUCUACAGAAUAAGCUCAGGAUGGAAACUCACAGUGAUUUUUUUUCUCCUCCCAUGAGUUAAAUUUGCUUGUUAAUUUUACAUCUUGUCGCUGCCUCUUGCUCGUGGUUAAUCCUGGAACCCUGAACAGUUUCCUCCUUUCUCUUUUCUGGUUCUCAGCACUCUUGAAGCAAAUGUGCACACCAAAACUCACAUUUCCGUGGGGUUUCCACACUGAAUGUAUCCUUUCUUUCCCCUCUUAAGAACGAUUAUGGAGCCCAAUGCACCAGGCCAGUGUCUUCUUAAAUAUCUUUUUUUUUUAAAGACGAGUUACAUAAAUAUUUAUGUAUUAAAUAUAUGGCUUCGGCAGCAGCUGGCUCCCUUAAAACCCAGCCCCACCUGCGCUGGGAUGGAAGGAGACCUCCAAAUGUUGUCUGUAGCUUGCACAAAAAGGAGUGGUAUAUCAUUUCACUGACAAGAGCAGAAAUCCUCGGCCUCCCCUGCUGUAAUGCAGGUGGUGGCCACAAACAAUGACAUCGGAGAAGCGGAAUACCUCUUGCUGAGCACUGGGUGCAGCACAGGAUCUGCAGAGGCCCUGAGAUGGAACCAACCAUUGGUUUGCACCUCCUGGAAAGCAGCUCAUGACCCUCAUCCUUCCUGCAGUCACCUCUUCUGGGGGACCGGGGGAAGCCCACAGGCCAGCACUGGCUCCUGGUUGUUCCCCCACCAUGUCCCACCAUCCUGCACAUCCCUAGGAGUGGGAUGCCAUCACCCGGCGACCAAAUCUGCCAAAGAUGCUGCCUGACUCUGCAAAGCAGCUCGGACACUUUGGAGCCCUCUGCAUGGGAUCAGAUGUACAGAACGGUUCGUGCUCGGAGUCGGUGAGAAGAGAGAAACGAAGGAAAAGUGCCAAAAGAAAGGAUGAUGCAAGAUGACUGUAUGAUGAUGUUCUAUAUUGUCAGUAUUUUUCUUCCAAUGCUAUUGUACAUGCAGUGCACAGUAGUCACGAAGUAUUGCUCGAACAAGUGCUUCUUUGUAUUGUAUCAAUGAGAGUAAAGAGGAGGUAGAAGCCUUAAAGACUAUCGCCGACAUUAAUCUGAAGCCUUCAGUGCUGCUCCGGGGGCAGCGGCCCCACAGGGCUCCCAGCUCCUCGCCAUCUCCUGACCCUACAGAACCCAUCCCCCAGCAUCCCUAACAGGGAUCCCACUGGAAACGAUCCCACAGGAAAACCAGGGCCCACCAAGGAUUGUUUCUGUAUCACCACGAUGGUCUGGGAUGUAACCACGUUGAUGUCAGAUGUCACCAUGACCGUUGGGAUGUGACAGUGUAGGAUGUCACUGACUGUUUGGGACGUCACCAUGACAGUCUGGGAUGUAAUCAUGACAGUGCGGGAUGUCACCAUGACAGAGCUGCGGGGCAUUUCCUGGAGCACUGCUCAGUGCACCAACUCAGCACUGGAGCCAUCUCCAUGCGCAGUGCAAUUCUGACGCAAACUUUUAUCUUCCCUCUAUCUUCAGAGCACGGCAACACAUCAGAACAGCCCUAGAACUAGCUACUCACUAUGCAAACAGGAAAAUCUUCAACUGAUGACAAAAGGUUUCAUGUAUGCCUGGUUUUCUUGGUGUUUACUGUCGAACUGUUUGAAACAAAUAUCGAUGUUGCUACACUUUUUCCAAUACGCUUUAAAUCGUUGUGCUUUAGUGUUCUCCUCCGCUGCCAUCGGAGCACCGGUGCGGUGAGAGACUACGGUCAUUUUGGAUCUCAGCUGAACCACUGUGGCUUCAUCUGAAUGUUUUAAAAGCGAUGGAAGUUGCUCAGAGACUGCUGACUUGCAUGUGUAAAUGUGUGGGUAAAUGACAUGCAGAGUCCGUCAUGUUGUGGCUUCUGUCGUUUGGAACAGAGUAAAUCCUGCUUGUGAAAAAUUGUCACAAAACAGAAACAUGCCAACCGUGUACAAAUCCUGUAUACAUUUUAACAGCAUCGAGGACUUUAACUGCAGGACAAAGGCCAAGGUUAAAGCAGAAUAAAACCAGGUUCUGACAGUGA